GUCUAUUUUGGAUGUAUUUUUUUACAUCCAUAAUGCAUUGACCCACUUGAGCUAGAGAGAGAUAAAGCACAGGGAAGAAAGAGGAAAAGAGAAAGAGAAUUAAGAAUAUAUGAGAUAAAUGAGAAACUAUGAUAAUGGCUAUAUGGACGGGUCAUCAUCACCUCUAUAUCUGAGCUUCCAUUUCUAAACAAUAUAUAUAUACACACAUAUACUUCUAUGAUCUUUCUUCCUAGGUUUGUAUUUUCAUGGCAGACUAUGUUGGCCUUCUAACACAACAAAGUUUGAGAUGAGCAGCUCUUUGGCAGUUACCUCUUCUCUUCACCAUCAUCAUCAGCUCUUUCUUUGUUCUUGUGCUCAUCAUCAAUCCUUCCCACUAAGAAAAAGUCUUUAUUCUUGUUGAUUCUUUAACAACAUAUUAGUUUCAACUUGUUCCUAUAACUGCUAACUCUGAGAGCUUUUAAUUGUUGGGUUUUUAUGGCUUCCCUUUAUUCUUGGAGUGAAUCUUGAUGGAAUUAUUAGUUGCAGAAUCAGCAUCAACUUUUGAUCAGUAUCUCAGAAGCUGGUGGGCAAGACAAGUAUACACAAAGGACCAAAAAGAAGAUUAAAAGAAAAAGAAAGAAAAACUGGUUUUCAUGGCUAGAGAAUCGUGUGAAGAUAAAUCAAGGAAUAUUGUGUCAUCCACUGGAUUUUGCUACUCAGAAGUUUCAUCUGGUAACUCAACCAUGCAAACCCAUCUGGUGAAUCAGAUCCAAGGCUUUGAAUCCAACCCAGAGAUCUUCAACUUAACAACAGGCAUGGAGAUGAUAGGGUUUGCCAAGAACCUACAGCAACAACAAGGUGACACCAACAACAUGAUCAUGUGGAAAGGGUUCUUCAACAAACAUGGAAACAACCCAGGAGCAGCAGGCCCUUCUUCUCCUUCUUCUUCCAAGCCAAUCAAUGAGUCAACCACUGAUUUCUAUCAACAUGAAUUCCACAAACCUGAGUUCACAACUGGGAUAUCUGAAACCAGUACUGGGAAUCUAAUAGUUGGAUCUGAAUCAGCUCCAUGGCAAGAAAACAGGUUGCUUGUUGAUGAUUCUUCUUUUAGGUGUGUGUUCCCUUGUGAAGGGAACGAGAGACCAAGUCAAGGUCUUUCGCUCUCUCUUUCAUCAAGUAAUCCUACUAGUAUCGGGUUACAGUCUUUUGAACUAAGACAAACAAGCCAUAGUAACCAUGAUGACCAGCCAGAUGAUAUGAGGUUUAUUGGUUCAAGUUCAAGAGAUGGGUUCUUUGGAAAGCCGGCAAUUGUUCAACAACAUGAAGGUCAGUUCCAAAUAAGGGGUUCCAGGUACUUGAAUGCUGCUCAAGAACUUUUGAAUGAAUUUUGCAGCUUGGGAACAAAGCAAUUGGAUACAUCAAAGCAAAAGCAAACCCAAAAGACCACCAAACAGUGGGAUGAUGAUGAUGGAGGAGCUAGCUCUUCAAGGAAGCAAUCACUAUAUUCCCUCGAUUUCACUGAGUUACAGAGAAGAAAAACCAAGAUGCUUUCAAUGCUGGAAGAGGUGGACAGAAGAUAUAAGAUCUACUGUGAUCAAAUGAAAGCCGUAGUAUCAUCGUUCGAAGCAGUGGCUGGUACUGGGGCAGCAUCAGUGUAUUCAGCUUUAGCCUCUAAAGCCAUGUCAAGACAUUUUAGAUGCCUAAGAGAUGGGAUUGUGAGUCAGAUUCAAGCUACAAGGAAAGCCAUGGGAGAAAAAGACACAGUUGCACCAGGCACAACGAAAGGCGAAACACCAAGGCUAAGAAUACUCGACCAAGCUUUAAGGCAACAAAGGGCAUUUCAACAGAUGAGCAUGAUGGAGAGUCAUCCGUGGAGACCCCAAAGAGGCUUACCAGAAAGAUCUGUUUCAGUUCUUCGAGCUUGGCUGUUUGAACAUUUCCUUCACCCGUACCCUAGCGAUGUUGAUAAACAUAUCUUAGCCCGCCAAACCGGCCUCUCAAGAAGCCAGGUAUCGAAUUGGUUCAUCAAUGCCAGGGUGAGGCUAUGGAAACCAAUGGUGGAGGAAAUGUACUUGGAAGAAACAAAGGAGCACGAAAACAACAUGGUUUCCUCAGAUAAUGGAGGUACUGAUGGUGGCGAUGAUAAUAACAAUAAUGACCGGUUAAAUAUUCCACUGGCUGAUCAGAAACCCACCCCGGACCAGCUCGUUCGAGUUGACUCGGAGUGUCUAUCUUCCAUUAUCACUACUAACCCGGAAAAAAACGAUGGGAAAAGUGGUACCAAAACCCUUGAAAACCAGCACUUGCAUCAUCAUCAUCAUCAUCAUCAUCAUCAUCAACAACAAAGUUUCGGAACCUAUGGUGCCACUGCCAUGGAACUGGACUUCGCUUCCUACGGUGAUCACACGGCGGGUGGUGGGGUACCUUAUCAUAACGCUAAUCAAAGCUUCAACGGUGGAGGAGGUGUGUCAUUGACAUUAGGGUUGCAACAACAUGGUGGGAGUGGCGUGAGCUUAGCUUUCUCGCCUGCAACACAAACUUCACUUUUUUACCGUAGAGACCACAUAGAAGAUUGUCAGCCAGUUCAGUACUCACUUUUAGACAACGAGGGACAACAUUUGCCUUACAGGAACUUGAUGGGGGCACAAUUGCUUCAUGAUUUGGCCGGAUAGCAAAGCAAAAGAAGGAAAAAAAAGGUCAAAAUCGAUCAGUUUGUUGGUGGGGUUCAUUAGAGCUCUCAUCAAAUGAUGAAAAUGGCAGUAGAUAAAGUAGUUUAGAGGUGGCAUAUAUAAAUACUGAAAUACAUAUAUAUAUACAUAUUGCUACACUUUGUUCAACGGUAAGAACAAGUUUAUUUAACCUGCAAAGGCUUAAUUUGGGAUAUGCCAGUUCAAUGCAAGGUUACACAUAUAUAUUUAUUUUCCUCUUUUGAGUGGGAAUAUUAUAUGUUUUAAUUUGCAGAAACUUUUAACCUUAUUAUUAUCUGUUUGGUAUC